AUGAAUGUUUUACCAGCAGCACAAACCCGAGAGACGGGCGCGCGUCGCGCCGCGGCCGCCGGCGCCGCCGCGGAGCCCAGCAGCAGCUCGUCGUCGUCCGGCGAGGACGAGGACGAGGUGUGCGCCGCGCACAGCUGCCGCCGCCCCACAGGCAAAGUGGACUGGGUCCAAUGCGAUGGCGACUGCGACCAAUGGUUCCACAUGCACUGCGUCGGGCUCCAGCGCGCCACACUUCGCGACGACGACGAAUACAUCUGCGGCGCUUGCGCGCACCGCACGCUUGGCAAGCCACGCAAGCCCAAGAACGAAGAACGGUAGACUAACAGACAUUUAGCUCUCUCUAAGACAGUUUUUACUAUUGGUGUUUAAGCUGCAACUUGCAGCACGCCUCUUGAGUGAUGCUCCGGGCCUUCGGGCGCACGGGGAACUCGGCCUUCACUGGCUCAAACUAAAGACAGACGAGCGACACCCAUAUACCUGUGAACAUUGCUACCUAUAU